AUGUCCACUGCUACCAGAUCCUUAAUUUUCACCGGUAUUACCACAGCCACUUUAGCUCUAUUUGGUUAUGCAAUUUACUUUGAUUACCAGCGUCGUUCUAACACAGAAUUCAGAAAUAGCUUAAAGAAAAGACAAUUUAAAUAUGACAAAGAUUUAGCUAGUGCGAAGGAACAGGAAAAAAGAACCAAAUUAGUUGAAUUAAAACAAUAUUUGACUGUGGAAUUGUUAAAAAAUCCCAUCCCAACAAACCCAGAAUCUUAUGAAUCUUCAUUUCCAAGUUUAGUCGAGCAAGGUGAAAAGUUAUCUGGUGUUCCUGGGAAAGAAUUGGAAGCUUCUUUGCAAUUUUACAAGGCUUUAAGUAUUUACCCAAAUCCAGCCAAUUUGUUAAGUAUUUACCAAAGGAGUAUUCCAGAGGCUAUAUAUGACAAUAUUGUUUUGAUGAUUGCUGUUUUACCACCAAGUAACGUAUCUUCCUUCAUAAGUGCUGCUAGUGGUGGUGCCAGUGCUAGUGCUUCCGUUGUUGGUUCUCCAACUGACGCCGAAAUUGAUGAAUGA